UAAAAAAGGGGGGAGAAGAAGGAGGAGGCGGAGGGAAACAGGGAGGAGUGUGUUGUGUGUGCAGAUUCUAUGAAGUGAGGGGAGUAAAUUGUGCGAGCCGGCGAGCUCAGCCCUGCAUAUUCGAGUUGCCUCUUUUGAUUCAGACAGAAUCAUUUUUCUGCCGCAAGAUUCUUUUUUUAUUUUUUUGCCCCUUCUGGUGUCUUAUCCGCUGAGACAAAGGCAGCGGGGAAAGAGCCAAACAGAGAGAGAGAGCCCCUCGGUGAAUAGAUGUUGCGCAGCUGACGGCAGAGGAAGCGGCAGAGAGAGUUUUCAGCCAUCACGCUCCCCGACGGCAGUCUUUUCUUCCUGGGAGAUUAAGGAAAAAAAGACAAGGACAAAAGCGACCCCGUAUCCUCCUCCCCCACCUUCUCCGACCCGCCACCGUCCGAUCGCCAGCCUGCACGCCGCUGGUGUGCGGUGCUUUUUUUUCUCUCUCUCAGCCCCUUAAAGGCAUGGACUGGAGAUGACGCAGCCGGGGGCUCAGUGAGAGAGAUCGCUCCACGGAAACCCCUUCCCCUCACCGACAGGGCCAGACCGAGAGGAGCAACUCCAAGGGGGGGGGGGGGGGUUGAAUGAUUGGAGGAGGAGGUGGAGAAGAAAAGAGGAGAGAGUGAGAGAAGGGGUGGUGGGAGGGGGGCACCCUCCUUGGAUUAUUGCAGAGGGUCUUCCACUUUCCCCUUUUUGUAUUUAUUAUUUUUUCUCCCCCCUCCUCCUCCACUCGCCUCCAUCAUCUUCUGCUCCUGCUGUGAUGCGUAGUUUUUAAGACGAAGAAUGUGGAGACAACAUUUUCCAGGUAUUCGCCCCCAAAUCAUGAACGGGCCAAUGCACCCGCGCCCCUUGGUGGCGCUGCUGGACGGCCGCGACUGCACCGUGGAGAUGCCCAUCCUGAAAGACUUGGCGACUGUCGCCUUCUGCGACGCUCAGUCCACGCAGGAGAUACACGAGAAGGUGCUCAACGAAGCCGUGGGAGCCAUGAUGUACCACACUAUCACCCUCACCAGAGAGGACCUGGAAAAGUUCAAAGCUCUACGUAUUAUCAUACGCAUCGGCAGCGGAUACGACAACAUCGACAUCAAGGCCGCCGGAGAGCUCGGUAUUGCGGUGUGUAACAUUCCCUCUGCAGCUGUGGAGGAGACGGCGGACUCCACCCUGUGCCACGUCCUCAACCUCUACCGGCGAAACACCUGGCUCUACCAGGCUCUCCGGGAGGGCACGCGGGUCCAGAGUGUGGAGCAGAUCCGCGAGGUGGCGUCUGGCGCCGCCCGCAUCCGCGGCGAAACCCUGGGACUCAUCGGCUUUGGUCGUUCGGGUCAGGCCGUGGCGGUGCGGGCCAAGGUUUUCGGCUUCAACGUCAUCUUCUACGACCCGUACCUGCAGGACGGCCUGGAGCGCUCACUGGGCGUCCAGCGCGUCUACACCCUGCAGGACCUGCUCUACCAGAGCGACUGCGUGUCCCUGCACUGCAACCUGAACGAACACAACCACCACCUCAUCAACGACUUCACCAUCAAACAGAUGCGACAGGGCGCGUUCCUGGUCAACACCGCGCGGGGGGGCCUGGUGGACGAGAAGGCCCUGGCCCAGGCUUUGAAGGAGGGCCGGAUACGCGGUGCCGCCUUGGACGUUCACGAGACGGAGCCCUUCACUUUUGCCCAGGGCCCGCUGAAAGACGCCCCCAACCUGAUCUGCACACCGCACACAGCCUGGUACAGCGAGCAGGCCUCUCUGGAGAUGCGGGAGGCCGCCGCCACCGAGAUCCGAAGAGCCGUCACCGGCCGCAUCCCCGACAGCCUUAGGAACUGCGUCAACAAGGAGUUCUUUGUCACCACGGCGCCGUGGGCCGUCAUGGAUCAACCGGGCGUCCACCCCGAGCUUAACGGCGCCACCUACAGAUACCCCCCGGGCGUAGUCGGAGUGGCUCCAGGGGGCAUCCCCGGGGCGUUAGAGGGCAUGGGGCCAGGUGGGGUGCCCAUUGCCCACACCCUGCCCUCUGGUACACACCCCUCCCAGGCCCCGUCGCCCAACCAGCCCUCCAAACACGGCGAGACCAGAGAGCACCUGACCGAGCAAUAGCAGCAGAAGGGAUACAAAUGGCAAGCCCCUCCCCUCGCCCGACACGCGUCGACUUUCACAACCAACCGACCGACCGAAUUGGGACCAAGAGACAGUGAGACAACACAAGCGGGAACUGAGGACGUGUGCUGGGGAAUUCGUACUUUUAAUGUUUUAGUUUCUACUCUCUUGUCUCUUUGGGUUCAGUGGCGACUUCACUCUUUGAUGAUGAUGAUGAUGAUGUUUUUUUGUGGGACACGCCUAUGAUUGUGGACACAAAGCCCAGUAUUUUUUUUUUCAGCGCCCAGGGGUAACCCUAUGAGACUCUGUCCCACACCCCUCACCCCCCGUACACCUCAGAGCUCACGGGAGACAUCUCGACACACCGAUGGGCGAACAUGAGAAGAAUAACAAACUUUGGCAUCAUGUGCAACUGGACCUUAACACCCCUCUCCCCUCCUUCCCUUCACCCAGCUCCAACCCUCCUUAUGUAACUAAUGUGUGUUGUUUAGCCCCCCUCCCCCUCCUCAUUAUGCCACAGAAGAGAACUAUUUUUUUUCUUUCAAUCUUCUGUGUGAAUAACUAAAAAUGGAUCACUAUAUAUAUUUAUCACUCGUCAGACAAAAAAAAGAUUGCUCAUCCGUUGGUAAUCUAGUGUGGGUUUUGACCCUUUCCUGGCAAUAACAAUAAUAUCCACGACAGCUGUUGCAGUUGUAGGAUUUCACCACUUGAGGGCCCUUCUACACAAUGUGGGGGGGGUUCCUCAUUGAGACCAUAAGUUGCUCAAAUGUGUGAUUCUCUUUUUUUAAGCGGUAAACACUCAACAUUCACUUCACAUACAUUUGAUUGUUGCUGAAGUUUGACAUUAAAUGGAUUGCGAGCUGCCAGCAAAGUAUUUUACCUUUUCUCUUUCUGCGAAGAGUUUGUUGGUAAUUCGUCAGUGUGACUGUGAGCUCUGAAGGAGGAAAAAGGUUUCUGAUGACAGCUGAUCGAAACCCAAAAGUGGCAGCAGCACGGAUUGUGACCUCCCCCUUUUCUCUCAGCACAUUUCACACAGAAGACAGGAAAGGGUUAAAGCAAACUUCUUUUCAUUAAUGACUCAGGAAAACCUUUUUGCAGAUAUUGUUUAUUCCGAAAUUCUGUCUUUGAGGAACAAAACAAAAAAACAUGAGACUAAUGUGUUUAGUCUGGAUAUUCUCUCUCCUCCUCCUCUCCAUUGUGGUAUUUUUAUAUACGAGGCGCAUCCCACGUUUUUGGUGUUUAAAAGAGUUUUGAAGAGUCCUGUUAGAUUUGUAUUGCCUAGUUAAAUGUUCCUAUAACCAUAGUCCUACGUGAUCCACCCUCUCUUCUCUCCUUAUUCUUUGUUCUAUUGAAGGCCAGGUUCUUUGGGGGCGUCUCGUACUCUGUAAGAGCAAUAGCAGAAACUCCUUAGUGUCCCAACAAUAGCAGAAGAGGCAGCCAGCAGUACGUUUUUGGUUUUUAGUGUGAGUAUUUGUAUUUGUUUCUUGUACAAGGUGAACAUUUAGCAUUCAGUGCAGUUCAAAUAAAAGAUAUGAUUCGGAGAA